CAACAAAUUAGUACACUGAAUAGUUUCAUUAUGUGACAGAAACCAUGCAGUACUAGUGGCUCUAAAAGAAAAACGAAUUUUAAAUAAAAAGUGACCUUCACCAAGAGAGAAACAAAAACAAUUUUAGUAUAUUUACACUAACAUGGGUACGUGAAAUUCAGUGAAUGUGAGAAAUAUUUUAAAAGAAAGAAUGUUAGCUAACGUGAAAACCAGUAACAAAAAAAUGGCACAUAUCAAGAAAUUACUUAUAUUGUUAAGUAUUAUGAUACUGGGCGUAUCGGCAGAUUUAAGCAAUAAAUGUUGUAAAGAUGAUGCCCACUUAGUUAUGAGAACUAGGCGAUGCAGCGACGGUUCGAAGCCGUUUCUAGACUGCAAUAAGUAUCUCUACAAAAAGAAAAGAGGAGUUACUACAUUCUCAUUAGAUUCUCACGAAAAUUUAGUUAUCGAAGAAAACCCCAACCACUCAGAAUUUACAAUAGAACACGGAAGUUACUGCCUAGAUAAUCUAAACGAUACGGAUGAAAAUGUUGCAUUAAUAUGUUUCGACGAAAGCAAUGAGCCCUUCUGGGAAUUGAGGGGUGGCUGUGCAAUUUUAUCUAUUAUAUUCAUGAUAUUAGUCCUUAUUGUAUACUUUCUUGUGCCAAUUUUAAGAGACCUACAGGGAAAAUGUACAAUGCAUGCCGUAGCAAAUUUAACUAUGGCUUUUGCAGUUCUUGCAACUGUGCAACUCGGACGUUUUGACUUUCCAGCGUGCGAAAUACUAGGUUUUAACAUAUAUUUCUUUUUCCUAUCGGCAUUCGCGUGGCUAAAUGUGACCUGUUUUCAUGUAUGGAGAAAUACAGUACGCCCUACCACACCUUCAAGUCCUAAGUAUCUGUACUGGAUUUCUAUAGCUUAUGGUUAUGGUAUUCCCCUAACAUUCCUUACAGGAGCAAUAAUUUCCCAUACUGUGCCUGGAGAACAUCUUAAACCUGGCAUAGGAACCAACUCAUGCUGGUUGUCAGGUGAAAAGGCAAGCUGGAUCUAUUUUUACAUGCCAAUAACUUUUGUACUGGUCACAAAUAUCAUAAUGUUCUGCUGGACUGGUACAAUACUUUGGAAAACAGUUGGAAGUAAUUUCAGGCAAAGUCACAAGCUGAAGGUUCUCAAAACAAAGUGUAUCCUCUACGCGAAAUUGUCUGUCAUUAUGGGACUAACAUGGAUCUUCGAAGUACUAUCAUACACUUUCAAUAAUUCCCAAGGGUUCAUAAAGUACAUUUGGAUCAUAUCUGAUUACGUCAACAUGUUGCAAGGGAUUCUGAUAUUUCUGGUGCUAGUUGUAUUCAGGAAACGUGCAAUCAAAGGUAUCGCCGAAAGGGGAUUAUUUUGUUACAAAAAGUGGCGCGAAAUUGAUGACAACGAAAGUGACAACACGGACGUAUUAUCUCCAUGUGGUGACGAAUUAAAAGAAUUAAAUAAGGAACACAUUAUUGUAAACCAAGAGGCUUCAAUAUAAAUUAAAUAAGUACCUAUAUAAAAUCAUAAAGCGAAGCUAAAUGUGAAAUGUACUUAUAUUGUUACUGGAAAAGAAAUUAUUAUAAAUCCAGUAUCCAGUGAAAGUUAAAAAUAAACUAAACUAUAAUUAAAAGGACGAUGUGUUAAGAUUAGUUUUAAAAUAUUUUUUGAUAUUUUGUAGUUUUAUUAACACCCCUGUAUUA